AUGUCGGCCAGCAGCAGAACAAUAGCAGGCGACGGACCACCCUUCACUUCCCCGUCCUCUGCUACCUCUGCAAGGGGCCACCACCACCGCUGGCCUGUGGCGGCGCCGGGGCCGGAAGAUGUACCACCAUCAUCGCCAGGAGGCAUCGCUGUCACGUCGCCUGCCGCCACCACCACCACCACCUCCUCCUCCUCCCAAAUCAAUCACCAACCCACACUUUCACCUAGUCGACAGGAUGUUUUCCCGAACCUGCCCCUGACACAACCACUACACCAUUUGACGGCGCCAAAUGGCUUAUUCUCCGGGCUCGACGACAUGUUCAGCUUUCCUAUGCCGUUAGAAAUAUUCGCUGGUUCAAGCAUGGAUCCUAAUCCCGCAGAGUUCGAGCUCCUAGACCAGGACGCCCUCGACGCCUUUAUAAACUCUCACACUACCACCGAUGAUUCUGCUGGACUGGAAAGCCAUGCAUCCGAUAGCGGGACGACACUGGUGAUGGGCAAUGGCAGCAUGUUUGACACGGCAUCACAGGUGCAGUCCCACAUCGAGAUGCAGACUCCUCAAGACAGCUGUAACACCACGUUGCUGUCGGAACCAGACGUGCCGCAGGCCCUGAUGGGAGGAGGAGCAGAAGACUGCUCGUCAGGCUCAUGCCUCCAGCGCAUGCUCUCGAUCAUCCAGAAGCUCUCUCAUACGCAACAGCCGCCCAUUGAACGUGCAGAGAAAUAUGGUUAUGGUCCCAAGUUUGACGACCACAGUUACCGCCACUUGCUCUCUGCCGAGUCCAUCAUCGCCCACAACAGGCCGGUCCUCGACACGGUGGCUGAUAUCCUCCAGUGCUCGUGUUCUCAGGACAGCCACCUGCUGGUCCUCAUCACAUUAACUCUCUUCAAGGCCCUGACCUGGUAUGCGGCCGCAGCCAGCGGAAAGAACGAGAUACUAAAGAACCAGACGUGUCCGAAGGACUCUAGCCCAGCAGCGCCUUCGCCCACUAGCGGCCUUGUCGCUAGCACUGCGGCGGCAACGGGAUACGGCACGCCGUCCUCAGUAGGCAUCUCUGAGCAGCAGCACCUGGCCGGCCACCAGGAAUAUGAUCGGGAUCGUAUGGCCUCCCAGCUGGUCCUGAGCGAGCUCUCUCGAAUGCAGGGGAUCGUGAAGACCCUAUCACAAAAUCUGGCGGUGUUGAGGCACAGAUCAGACGGCGGAGGAGGCCGUGCUGUGAAUGAGAAAAACGUAGAUCAAAGAGCUGGAGGGGCUUAUCAUAGUACUAGCAGUACUACAAUUACCUUCUCAUUUGCUCUGUUCGAGCAGCUCGAGGUCGACCUCCGGCGGCGUCUUCGUGGGCUGUCGGCUGAGAUUAUGGAAAGGUUGCGGCACGUAUGA